GAGUAUCAUUAUUCAAAAGAUAUAUGAGACUCGUCCCUAACAUUUCUCCAUGCAAUAUAUACCUGAUCCUAUGCAGUAUCGCAUCUCCGGACAAUGCUUAGGAACAGAGUCUCUUCGCACUUCAUUUCCUGCCGUCUCGUUUUUACAUACAAUCAUGCACAUGCUGAACACCAACCUAUGAGAGAAACGCUUUUGUCUCUCUUGAGAAAAUGCUCAUCUACCAAACAGUUGCAACAAAUACACGCCCAAAUGCUCGUCAACUCCAUACGCAAACCUAAUUUCCUUCUCUCCAAAAUCAUCGACCUCAAGGACUUCUCCUAUGCCUCCCUUCUCUUCUCUCACAUCCCCCAUCCCAACGACUACGCUUUCAAUGUCAUGAUCCGUGGCCUCACCAACGCAUGGCAUGAUUACUCUCUUGCUCUUCAAUUCUAUUACCAAAUGAAGUUUUUGGGCCUAAAGCCCAAUAAUUUUACGUACCCCUUUUUGUUCAUUGCAUGUGCGAAUAUUUUAGCGUUGAAUCAUGGCCGGACUGCACACUCUUCCAUAUUUAAAUUUGGAUUGGAUGGUGACGACCACACAUAUCAUUCGUUGCUGACAAUGUAUGCGCGGUGUGGUCAACUGGAUUGUGCCCGGAAAGUGUUCGACGAAAUUACUGCGAAGGACUUGGUUUCCUGGAACUCGAUGUUAUCAGGGUACUCAAAGAUGGGAUAUGCUGCGGAUGCAGUGGGGCUGUUUCGAGAAAUGAUGGAAGUGGGCUUUGAGCCAGAUGAAAUGACUUUAGUGAGUGUUCUUGGGGCAUGUAAGGACCUAGGAGAUUUGAGUUUGGGGAGGUGGGUGGAGCGGUUUGUUGAGGAGAAUAAGAUAGAGCUGAACUCUUAUGUGGGUUCUGCAUUAAUUGAUAUGUAUGGGAAGUGCGGGGAUUUGUUGGCAGCAAGGAGGGUCUUCGAUGGUAUGGUGAAGAAAGAUGUCAUCGCCUGGAAUGCCAUGAUUACGGGAUAUUCACAAAAUGGAAUGUCAGAUGAAGCAAUCAGGCUAUUUAAUCGCAUGAGAGAGGCAGGUGUUAAUCCAGAUAAAAUCACAUUGGUUGGAGUGCUGUCUUCUUGUGCCUCAAUUGGGGCCCUUGACGUAGGGAAAUGGGUUGAUACAUAUGCAUCGGAAAGAGCCUUGCAGCAUGACAUAUAUGUUGCUACUGCAUUAGUUGAUAUGUAUGCAAAGUGCGGGAGUUUAGACAAUGCACGAAGAGUUUUUGAAGGCAUUCCCCUGAAAAAUGACGUAUCUUGGAAUGCCAUGAUUUCUGCACUUGCUUUUCAUGGCCAAGCACAGGAAGCCCUAUCAUUAUUUGAGCGCAUGUCAAAGGAGGGAGGGGUUGUCCACCCAAAUGACAUCACAUUUAUUGGAGUGCUUUCUGCAUGCGUCCACGUUGGAUUGGUAGAUGAGGGCCGUAGAUUGUUUGAUAUGAUGAGCUCUUCUUUUGGUUUGGUCCCAAAAGUUGAGCAUUACUCUUGCAUGGUUGACCUUUUGGCACGUGCAGGCCAUCUCUAUGAAGCUUGGGACUUCAUUGAGAAGAUGCCUGAAAAACCUGAUGAAGUUGUAUUGGGGGCUUUGCUUGGUGCCUGCCAGAAGUGCAGAAACAUAGAUGUUAGUGAGCGGGUUAUGCAGCGGCUGCUGGAGCUGGAGCCUUCAAAUUCUGGAAAUUAUGUAAUCUCAUCAAAAAUUUUUGCAAACUUGAAAAGGUGGGAUGAUUCAGCAAGGAUGAGAUUGUUGAUGAGACAUAGGGGUGUAAAUAAGACUCCUGGCUGUAGCUGGAUUGAGAUUGAGACCCAACUUUAUGAAUUUCAUGCUGGUGAUAUCUUGCUCCAUGAUUCAGCCAAGAUUUAUGAAGUACUUGGUCUACUUUACAAGGAGCUGUGGAGGGAAGGUUACAUUCCAAAGAUUGAUGAAUCUUCCAAACAAGGGGUUGAAGAGGCAAGGUUCUUACAGAGGACUGAUGAGUUCAAAACUUGCUCUACUUAGUCGUCUUCCCAACUAACAAUAUAUUAGGCCAUGUUUUGUCAUGCUACUAGUGAAUAUGUUUCUGAUCUUAAAUUUUUCUCUUUACCUUUUUACACAUAUUCUUGAAGAUAAAACCGUAGGCAACUUGUCAACAUUGCAAGACUGUCACAUGACCAGCUUAUCAAUGCUUUUUAUCCUUUUAUGAAAUAUAGGGUUGGAGGCAAUAUGGCAGCGGCUUGAUUAUUGCAAAAUAAUGGAGUAGGAGUUGGAACCAGAAGACCAAUCUGCUUAAAAAAUUUUGAUAACCGCGUUAGCUCACUAGAAGUGCAAGUUGUUUUUGUACUCAACUUCUAUACUAGAUUGCACUAUUAUCAUUUGUUUCUUACUCUUCUACUAACCAAAUGACCACUUGUAAAGGUAUAGUACCUUGGAGUAAAUCAUCCAUUUGAAGAGAAGCAUGCUCAAUCACCAUUGGUCAAGCCUUCCACUCUAAGGUGCACAUUCCGCCUACACAAAAGUCUCCGACCAGGGUCUUUUUUAACUGGCAUUGUAUGCAUGUUAUUCCUUAUGUAUUGUUUACAUAAAUUCCUCUGUAUGGUACAGCAGCUUGCACAUGUUCUCUGUAAAUGAGUUGAUCUUUCUUUGUAAAACAAAUUAUAGAAUCUAGGAGGAAGAAAUUUUCUUCAGUGCUCAAUAGCAAGGUCUGCUUGCUGAUGUGCGCCUAUAACACUUUCUUGGGUGUUGCUCUAAUUAUCUUUAGCUUGCUUUGGAUUAUCUCGAACUUGGGUAAAUCUUGCAUGAUUUCUUUGAUCAUGUUUUAGUCUUCACCAAUCUUUCAUCAUUCCUCAAUAUUCUUGGAUUUCUAUGAUUGUUUUGCUCAAUUUUUCUUUUCAGUUUUAUUUGUUCUUCACAAAUUCUGUCAUUUCUGCAUCAUUGAUUCUCUAACUUUCUUUUUUUUUUUUUUUUUCUUUUUUUCUAUCCAAUUCAUCUCUACUUUUAUUUUUCAUUUUUCCCCUGAUUUCCCCUUCUUUCGUUGAAUUUGAAUUAACCCUCCUCCUGUUCUCCAUGCAUGGUUCCGGUGAAUUGUUUGCUAUGGUUUCCUGGAGAAAUGAUGAAAAAAAUAUAGGACUUGAGGCCUAACUUUUGCUGUCAGUUUCUUCUUGAGUGAGGCUCUGGCUCUUCUAUCCAUCCUGUAAGGGUUUCCCAGCGAGGAAACCUGAUGGGUCAUGAGUGAAGAACAGGGAAAAACUCGAGUGACAAUCAUGCUAUAGGAUUGCAAAGGGUUUGAGAAGCAGAUCUGCAAGUCAAGUGGAUCACCCGAUGAGAAUUUUGGAAUAUAAUGCUCUAGACAUAAGGCAUCGAAUUGAACAAUGUACGCAAUCUGUGGAAGUCGAGGAACAUGCAUGGUUCAAUCCUUUCAAGGGUGGCAUCUGAAGGAGAAAUGGAGCCAGCUAACUCCUGUGAAGAGUGGCAAACUUCACAGGAUAUCACAUCAACCGGAUUAUCCUACAAUGAGAAAUAAACGUUUCUUCCAAUCUUCUCUGAGUUCUUUCAUGAUGUUUCUGGUAAUUCUUCUGUUACUUUCUUUUAAUUAUGCUCCAAAGAAUAUAGACAACAAAGAAACUACAUCCAUUGUUUUAUGCAUUAUGCUCAAGUCCCUCACCAUUCUUGGAUGGUUAAGAGGUAUUUAUUGUGGAAA